AACGGCAGUGACAGUAUCAAACGCAAUCAUCCCUCGAAGAAGCAAGACCAAGAUGUUCAAAUACGCUGCCGUCAUCCUCGCCAUCCUGGCCUGCGCUUCUGCCAAGCCCGGCUUCCUUGCUGCUCCUCUGGCCUACAACGCCAUUCCUGCCGCUGUCGUUGCUGCACCAGCUCCUGUUGUCACCGCCACCAGUAGCCAGGUGUUUGCAAGGAACUACAAUGGAGUUGCUGCUGCUCCCGUGAUCGCUCCAGUCGCUGCUCCUUUGGCUGCUCCUUUGGCUGCUCCUUUGGCUGCUCCUUUGGCUGCUCCAGUGCUCGCCAAGUAUGCCGCUGCCCCUCUAGCCGCUCCUUUGGCCUACCACUCAGCUCCCAUUGCGUACUCAGCGCCUCUGGCUAGUCCUCUGGGUUACUCAGCUCCUCUGGCCUAUAACGCCCCGGUCCUUUUUUAA